CAUUUGCCCAAAACAAGAAACUUACAAUACUUCCUCUCCAUAUACCCAAUGGCUGAUCAUCAAAGAAUCCACCCGGUAGACCCCGAGGCCGGGCCUCCCCCGAAACCCACCGCCCCACUCGUCGGGCGAGGCUCGUACCGGUCGGAGCAGGGAGACCCGGAGAGGCCGAUGCACCGGACAAUCCCGUACGCGCCAAUGAAGCCGCCCAAGAGGAGGGGCAGCUGCUUCAAGAAGUGCCUAUGCUGGACACUAGCCCUCAUCAUCAUCCAAAUCAUACUAAUCGGCAUACUAGCUGCCAUAAUAUACUUCGUAUUCGACCCGAAAAUACCAAAAUACUCGGUCGACGCCAUGAGGAUCACCGAGUUGAGCCCCAGCACCGUCGACAACAGCCUGUCCGCGACGUUCAACGUCAACAUCACGGCGAGGAACCCCAACAAGAAGAUAGGAAUAUACUACGAGGGAGGGAGCCAUCUGAGCGUGUGGUACACGGGCACGAAGCUGUGCGAAGGUUCACUGCCCAAGUUCUACCAGGGCCACCGCAACACGACGCAGCUCAGCCUCGUGCUCACUGGCCAGACGCAGGAUGCAUCCGGCCUGCUGGCCUCGCUGGAUGCGCAGCGCCAGACCGGGAACGUCCCGUUGAACCUCAGGGCCACGGUGCCGGUGAGGAUCAAGCUGGGGAGCUUGAAGCUGAUGAAGUGGAAGUUCUUGGUGAGGUGCAGGGUUAAUGUUGACAGUUUGGCUCAGAAUGAUGCAAUCAGGAUCAGAGACAGCAGCUGUAAAUUUAGGUUCAGGCUUUGAACUUUUUUAUAUAUAUACAUACUUAUUUAGGCACACAAUCAUCAGUUAGAUUCAUUUUUACAAUAACUUUUGCUGAUGAUUUUGUUGUGUUCAAUGGAGGACUAUAUAGGUAUUACGGUUUUGCUCUCCAUAUGUUGUUGUAGGCCAUGAGCCAUCGAUUAUUUACAUAUAUUCUUUGAUUAUAUGAAUAUUAUUGAUUACUUUAUUUAA